GCUUGCAUGCGAACGAGGUGGAGCCGUUCUGCCAGGAUGCCAUCCUCACACUGCGGCGCUGCACGGCGCACAGGGAUGAGGUGCUGCGAGCGCGGCUGCUGCAGAUAGAGGGGGAGGCAGCGGGCUGUCGAUCGGCAGAGGGGAAUGAGGAGCGAGUGGGGCAGAUGAGAGGGCAGGCGGAGCAACUGGAGAGACGCCUCAUCCUGGCCAGUGCCACGCCCGGCCCUGAGGGCUUCCAGACGCGCUGGAGGCUGCACGGCGAGCUGCAAGACACCAG